GGGAGUGACGGCGUCCUCAGAUCAGAUGCAGGCAGACACAGGACUGAUGAGGAUGAGAUGAGCAGUGAUACAUGAAGCAUGAAGGUGUUUCAAUUGACCUGAAGGACAUUCAGAAGGUACGACACCACAACAGAUCCACCAGGAAUCUACAGAGGACGUUUGAACCUGCCAACCUGCAAGAUGGAAACCACUGAUCCAAAGAUCCACCAUGAGAGACCAGACUCUCCUGGACCUGGACCCAGCUGUUUGUCCAUGAAGAGUGAUCGGUCUAUGCCUCAACCUAUUACGUUUAAAGAUAGAGAGCAUAGUGAUGGACCAAGGUUCGACACCACAACAGAUCCACCAGGAAUCUACAGAGGACGUUUGAACCUGCCAACCUGCAAGAUGGAAACCACUGAUCCAAAGAUCCACCAUGAGGGACCAGACUCUCCUGGACCUGGACCCAGCAGUGAUUCCAUGGAGAGUGAGUCGUCUAUUACGUCUGAAGAUGAAGAGCAAUUUGAUCUACAAGUUCAUCAGCAGAGAUCAGAGGGUCCUGGUGGUCCGUCUGCCCAGCAGCAUCAAACUCACCUGGACUCCAUACUUAUGCUGAUGGAGGAGAACAUCGUCACUUUUGUGAAGAACGAGCUGAAGAAGAUCCAGACAGUCCUGACUUCAGAUUACCCAGAAUGCUUAGAGAGUCAGAGGGAGGAUGAGGAGGUGUUGGACGGUGAGGAUGAAGAGCAGAGGAGCAGCAGAGAGGCCUUUCUGAGCAUCUCACUGCACUUCCUGAGGAGCAUGAAGCAGGAGGAGCUGGCUGAGCGUCUGCAGAGCAGAACUGCUCCUGCAGUCUGCAGACGUAAACUCAAAUCCACGCUGAAGGAGAGGUUCCAGUGUGUGUUUGAGGGCAUUGCUAAAGCAGGAAACCCAACCCUUCUGAACCAGAUCUACACAGAGCUCUACAUCACAGAGGGGGGGUCUGCAGAGGUCAAUGAGGAACAUGAGGUCAGACAGAUUGAAAUAGCAUCCAGGAAACCACACAGACCAGAAACAACCAUCAGACAAGAAGACCUCUUUAAAGCCUCACCUGGAAGAGAUGCACCAAUCAGAGCAGUGAUGACAAAGGGCGUGGCUGGCAUUGGGAAAACAGUCUUAACACAGAAGUUCACUCUGGACUGGGCUGAAGGCAAAGCCAACCAGGACAUCCAGUUCACAUUUCCAUUCACCUUCAGAGAGCUGAAUGUGGUGAGAGAGAACAAGUACAGCUUGGUGGAACUUGUUCAUCACUUCUUCUCUGAAACCAGAGACGCAGGAAUCUGCAGGUUUGAUCAGUUCCCGGUUGUGUUCAUCUUGGACGGUCUGGAUGAGUGUCGACUUCCUCUGGACUUCCACAACAAUGAGAUCCUGACUGACGUCACAGAGUCCACCUCAGUGGAUGUGCUGCUGACAAACCUCAUUAGGGGGAAGCUGCUUCCCUCUGCUCGCCUCUGGAUAACCACACGACCUGCAGCAGCCAAUCAGAUCCCUCCUGAGUGUGUGGACAUGGUGACAGAGGUCCGAGGGUUCACUGACCCACAGAAGGAGGAGUACUUCAGGAAGAGAUUCAGAGAUCAGGAGCAGGCCGGCACCAUCAUCUCCCACAUCAAGACCUCACGAAGCCUCCACAUCAUGUGCCACAUCCCAGUCUUCUGCUGGAUCUCUGCUUCAGUUCUGGAGGGGGUGUUGAAAACCAGAGAGGGAGGAGAGCUGCCCAAGACCCUGACUGAGAUGUACAUCCACUUCCUGGUGGUUCAGUCCAAAGUGAAGAACAUCAAGUAUGAUGGAGGAGCUGAGACAGAUCCACACUGGAGUCCAGAGAGCAAGAAGAUGAUGGAGUCUCUGGGAAAACUAGCUUUUGAGCAGCUGCUGAAAGGCAACCUGAUCUUCUAUGAGUCCGACCUGACAGAGUGUGGCCUCGAUAUCACAGCAGCCUCAGUGUACUCAGGAGUGUUCACACAGGUCUUUAGAGAGGAGAGAGGACUGUACCAGGACAAGGUGUUCUGCUUCGUCCAUCUGAGCGUUCAGGAGUUUCUGGCUGCUCUUCAUGUCCAUCUGACCUUCAUCAACUCUGGAGUCAACCUGCUGAAAGAAGAACUAACAACCUCCUGGUGGCCUAAAUUCAAACCUACACUAACAAAUCUCUACCAGAGUGCUGUGGACAAGGCCUUACAGAGUCCCAACGGACACCUGGACUUGUUCCUCCGCUUCUUGCUGGGUCUUUCUCUGCAGACCAAUCAGACUCUCCUACGAGGCCUGCUGACACAGACAGGAAGUGGCUCAGAGAUCAAAAAGGAAACAGUCCAGUACAUCAAGAAGAAGAUGGAUGAGGAUCUGUCUCCAGAGAGAAGCAUCAACCUGUUCCACUGUCUGAAUGAACUCAAUGAUCGUUCUCUAGUGGAGCAGAUCCAACAGUCCCUGAGAUCAGGAAGUCUCUCCACAGAUAAUCUGUCUCCUGCUCAGUGGUCAGCUCUGGUCUUCAUCUUACUGUCAUCAGGAGAAGAUCUUGACGUGUUUGACCUGAAGAAAUACUCUGCUUCAGAGGAGGCUCUUCUGAGGCUGCUGCCAGUGGUCAAAGCCUCCAACAAAGCUCUGCUGAGUGGCUGUAACCUGUCAGAGAGAAGCUGUGAAGCUCUGUCCUCAGUCCUCAGCUCCCAGUCCUCUAGUCUGAGAGAUCUGGACCUGAGUAACAACGACCUGAAGGAUUCAGGAGUGAAGAACCUGUGUGCUGGACUAGAGAGUCUACCCUGUUCUCUGGAAACUAUUAGGCUGAGCGUCUGUAACCUGUCAGAGAAAAGCUGUGAAGCUCUGUCCUCAGUCCUCAGCUCCCAGUCCUCUAGUCUGAGAGAGCUGGACCUGAGUAACAACGACCUGAAGGAUUCAGGAGUGAAGAACCUGUGUGCUGGACUAGAGAGUCCACACUGUGAACUGGAAACUCUCAGGCUCUCAGGUUGUCUGGUCACAAACAAAGGCUUUGCUUCUCUCGCCUCGGCUCUGAGCUCCAACCUCUCCCAUCUGAGAGAGCUUGACCUGCGCUACAAUCAUCAAGGAGACUCAGGAGAGAAGAUGCUGUCUGCUCUACAGGAGGAUCCAGACUGCAGACUGGAGACUCUCAGGUUUGACCAUUGUGGAGAGGACAGGUUAAAACCUGAUGUGAGGAAAUAUUCCUGUGAACUCACACUGGACACAAACACAGCACGCAGAAGACUCAAACUGUCUGACAGCAACAGGGAGGUGACACGUGUGAAAAAGAAGCGGCGAUAUCCUGAUCAUCCAGAGAGAUUUGUCUCCUGGCCUCAGCUGAUGUGUAGAGAAGCUCUGACUGGUCUGUGUUACUGGGAGGUUGAGUGGAAAGGGAAGGUUUAUAUAGCAGUGACUUACAGAGGAAUCAGCAGGAGAGGAGACAGUGAAGACUCUAAGUUUGGAGAGAAUGAUCAGUCCUGGAGUCUGGAGUGCUCUAAUGGAGAGUUUUCUGUCAGACACAAUAAAAGUAAAACAGUCCUGCCUCUCCCCUCCUCCCCCUCCUCCUCCUCCUCCUCCCCCUCCUCCCCGUCCUCCUCCUCCUCCUCCCCCUCCUCCCCCUCCUCCCCCUCCUCUCCCUCCUCCUCCUCUGGUAGAGUAGCAGUGUAUCUGGAUCAUCCUGCUGGCUCUCUCUCCUUCUACAGAGUCUCCUCUGACACACUGAUCCACCUCCACACCUUCAGAACCACAUUCACUGAACCUCUGUAUGCUGGGUUUGGGCUCUGGUCACAUGACUCCUCAGUGUCUCUGUGUUCUCUGUAGGAGGAGACCACUUCCUGUCCAGCUGUAAUGUCCCUGGUCUCGGGGGACAUGGACAUAACAUGAGUGUAGCAAGAGAUAUCGUCUAGUCGUGUGGUUAAAAUGUUGGUAGUGACGCGGCUACACUUUGGUUGUGCCUUUACGUGGAGGAGCAGCAUGUAGUUAUAAUGCUCCGUAUAUCUGCAGAAACUCCCAGUAAUCAAGUGUCUCACACUUUUUGAU